AUGAGAGCGAGCGAGGUGUCUUCUACAGGAGGAAGUUGCACCUUCCCUGGGCAGCUGUGCCAACGCAUCGCCACACUUUCGGAGAAGAACUUUCCCCCGACGCCCACCCCUCGCGCUGCCCUCGCUUUCCCUCUGUGCUUCCCUCCCACCCACGCCCACAGCGGCGGGGAUCACGCAGAUGCGACUCCGACGCCCGGUCGCAGCAUCCCCGCCCCGCUGCUUUGCUGUGCCCCGCAGAGCAUCGUGGCCAAACACGGCGCGCAGUUCCGCGGUAACGCGCAGCACGACGCCCUCGAGUUCCUGCUGUGGCUGCUGGACCGCAUGCACGAGGACCUGGGCAGCGCCUCGCCCGCACCGGGACCCCGCGCUGCCCACCAGCGCAGUGCGGAGCAGAGUGGUGCCAGUGGGGAGAGCUUCGUGCAGAGCCACUUCCAGGCGCAGUACAGGUCCUCCCUGACGUGCCCGCACUGCCGGAAGCAGAGCAAUACCUUCGACCCAUUCCUGUGCAUCUCGCUGCCCAUCCCCGUGCGCCAGACCAGGGCACUGAAUGUGACGCUGGUGCUGCAGCGCGAGGGCGGGCGCUCGCUGCGCGUGGGGCUGGCGGUGCCACUGCUGGGCACGGCCGCAGAGCUGCGUGAGAUGGUGGCACGGGAGGGGGAUGUGCCCCCCCAGCAGGUGAUCCUGGCUGAGGUGUCCUCGCAGGGCUUCCUGCGCUCGCUGGAUGACACCGAGGAGCUGAGCACAGCUGGGCAAGAGGCACCCCUGUAUGCCCUGCAGGCCCCCCCAGAGGCCCCCACAGGCGCCCGCCCUGUGCUGCUGCUGCUGCUGUGCCACGUGGCGGGCAUCGGUCCGCACCGUGCCAGGUUCGGACCACCACUGGUGCUGUGGGCGGAGCGCGGUGCCUCCUGGGCACAGCUGCAGCGCGAUGUGCUGGCCCCUCUGCGCGGCAUGAUGAGGAGCGCCGUGCAGGGCACGGCGCCGCAGUUCCGCAUCCAUGUGGCCGGGGAGCCCAGUGCCUACCUGUCCCCACAGGACCCACACCCGCUGUGCCACGUGGCCAUUGACAGAGCGCUGCAGCAGAGCCCCGCCGGCGGACCCCCCCAUGUAGCGCUGACAGUGAACUGGGACAUCAGCACCAAGGAGCGGCUUUUUGGCAGCGUGCAGCAGGAGGCGGUGCAGGAUGCAGACAGUGUGCGGCUGCAGCAGGCGGCACACCAGCAGCACAGCUGCACUUUGGAUGAGUGCUUCCAGCUCUACACCAAGGAGGAGCAGCUGGCACCGGAUGACGCAUGGCGCUGCCCGCACUGCCGGGUCCUGCAGCAGGGCACAGUGCAGCUCCGCCUCUGGACGCUACCCGACAUCCUCAUCAUCCACCUGAAGCGGUUCCGCCAGGUUGCCCAGCGCCGCCACAAGCUGAGCACGCUGGUGCGCUUCCCCCUGCGUGGGUUGGACAUGGCCCCACACUUGGCCCCGGGGGGGGACGAUGGCAGCACCCCUGCGCCCACCCGGAGCUGCCCCCCAGAUGCUCUGUAUGACCUUUACGCCGUCUGCAACCACCAUGGCAGCAUGCAGGGCGGGCACUACACUGCGUACUGCUGCAACUCCCUGGACGGGCGCUGGUACAGCUACGAUGACAGCACGGUGGAAGGGGUGCGGGAGGACGAGGUGAGCACCCGCAGCGCCUACAUCCUCUUCUACCAGCGCCGCAACGCCAUCCCUGCCUGGUCGGCCAGCAGUGCUACCAGAGGCAGCAGCAGCUCGGCCCCAUUGAACCACUGGGCAGCCCAGCUGGGGGGCAGCAAGCAGCACAGCGCAGAAUCCCAGCCUGCAGCUCCCCGCCCAUCCCCACCCUGCAGCCCGGACCUUAGCACCACACAGGAGCAAGGUGGCUUCGAGGCCCGACCCCAUUUCUAUUAA